AGUUGUGGAAAGUGCACAGUAGUAUGGUGGUUAAUGAGCAAGCUUGCAUGAUCAUCAUAAGUAUAUUUUGUUCAAGCUAGGGCUCUAGUGCCAAUGCAAAGCAAUGCCAUUGACCUUGUAGCAUGUGGAAAGCAAACAUACAUGGGUGGCUUAAAUAUGGUGGUGUUACAUCCAUAGUAUCACGUCCUAAGACAGGGCACAGGUGCUGUGUGGGCCAGAUUGCAAAAAUAGUAUGCUAUGCUGAACAUGUCUGGCAUAGCAAUGACAUUGCAACAAUGAUCUCAGUGAUUUUACACCAUUAAUUUGAGCACUCAGAGUUUGGCACAUGUUUGCCAUGAAUUUCAGUAUAUAGAUAACCAGUGUUUCAAAUAAUUAUCAUGUUGCAAAGACCAUUCUGGGCAAACACAGUCUAAUCAUUUUUACAUGAAAAUAACUUGUAAAUACAGCAUAUCUGGGCAUAGCUUUAGCUUGAUAUAUACAAGCUCAGGGUUCAGGGCUCUUAUGUUAUAAGAAUCCAGCUUAGCCAAUUGGUUUUUGCUGGCUAGCAUGGUGGAUUUGGGGACCACAGGGCUUCCAAAGUUGUGUGCUCAAAAUGCCCACUGAAAUGGUCCCUUAGCAACCAAGAGGUGUGUAGGUCCCUAAGCAAGCAAGAGGUGUAUAGGUCCCUAAGCAACCAGCAGAUAUCCUAUGAAUCAAAAGACCCCAAUGACCUGAUUUGGCCCCCUCUGGAAAGGUUCUGAAUGUGUCACUAAUGAGCAGUUGAGAAUCCAUACAAAGUUAAUGCAUCAAAUCAUCCAUCACAUCUAAUAAUGUCAUAGUACCUGCAUCUACUGAUAAUGUAUUAGAUUGUGUGGGCUAAGGUCAUGAUCAUGUUCAUGCUAUUGUGUUCCAUACGUUUGAGUCUUCCAUCCCACAGCUCUCAACUCUCAACACAACUAAAUUCUGAAAAAAAUGAAACCUGAGAUUUUAGUUUUUGGUAGAAUCUUACAACUAGAUAUGAGAUGCAAGUGGCUGGACAGAGAUAAUUGAGCCCUGUGAAUCAGUUUAUAAAGACCACAUCAGUAUUUUGCAUAUUGUGAUCUUAUUAUACAGAGCAGUACUUUGUGAAUUUAACAGAAUGAAUGGUAUUUUCAGGUGACCUCCCAUUUAGAUGCAACAUAAUAUGAUAUUUUUUGUAAACUGUGGCUACAUGGCUUGUAUUUGCAGUUCUUGGAGUAUCAUUUGAAUAGGAUUUUGUCCUUAAACAUGGAGCUGUGGCCAGUUAAGCAAGCUGUGCAUGAGAUCAAGCAGUGUUCAUAUGUCCCUUGAGAUUGGAACCCCUCUGGUUCUUAUUACCUUUUCCUGUUUCAGAAAACAGCAGGCAGUCAUACUUGAUGCUAUUCAGAAGGCCAAACAUAUUUCCUGCAAGUUUUUGGAAUCACAUCACCCUUGCUUGAUAAUGGGCUGCAAUGAAAUGCUACAAUGAGACAGCCACUCCUGGCUCUAACUGCUGCAGUAGUGUUGGGAUGUGUGCUGUCCUCAUGGAGUUUGGAAUGGUGGCCCAGGCUUCUGUUUGGCAUAGCCUGUGUGCUGUCUGUACUGGUGGGUGCUGUUUUGGCUGUCUGGGUGCAUCUGAAGCUUGGGAAACUGCAGAAGGUGCCUGUGAAGAGGCCAGUUCCUGUUGAUUUGGUGAAAAACAUUUUGAAGUCUGCCAGCAAGAGAGAUAAUACAGAAAGUUACCAGCGUCCUCCAAUUAUCAGCAGGAGUGUGGAUGAAGUCAUUGCUGAAAUUGUCAACCAUGUUGUGGAGGACUUCUUCACCAGCUGGUACUCCCAGCUGGCCUCUGAGCCAGAGGCUCAGGCAGAACUUAUCAAGAACGAGCUAUGGGAAUCCCUGCGACGCCUCCGGGACCGCCUAUCAGCUAUCGACGAGGUCAACUUUAUUGCCACCAACGUUUUCAAUAAGAUAAAGCAGCAUUUUCAGAGAAUACGGAUCGCCCAUGAAAUGAGUGAUGGUAAGACGACGCUGCCGAUGUACACGCUCGUCUCUUACCUGGCCAACCCGGAGCGGGAGCUACAGUUUCUGCGCAGCGUGGCAGAGGUGGUGAUCAUGAUCUUGCUGCCGGCCGACUACUCCCGCUGCGUGCCUGUUCGCCAGCUGCUCAGGGAGAUCCUCGCCUGUCAGGUGAUGCAGCCCACUGUGGACCUGCUCUGUGACCCGGACUUCAUCAACCAGAAGGUGUACGAGUAUGUGCACCACCACCAGCUAUGGCGCGAGCUCCACCAGCGCACCUACACCUACGCCGCCAGCUAUGAGGACUUCAUCCGCAUCAUCCAGGAGAGCAACGACGUGGACGAGCUGAAGCACAUCAGGUUCAACAUCGUCACAGAGAUAAUGCAGGCGACAACCAUCAACAACUUGAAGCGGGCGCGCGGUAUGAAGCUGACCCGGGACCUGAGGCCCCAGAGCGCGUCCAAAGGCGACCUGCUCCAGGCCCGUAACUUGAAGCGGUACAUCAACCAGUUGACAUACGCCAAGACCCAGUGUGAAAAGCGCAUUAAGAGCGUAGGCGGGAUGGGGUACCUCACCGAGAUCGACUCUCCGGAGUCAUCCGACUCGCAGCUGAUCGGCAGGAAGGUGCUGUCGUUCGGCGUUAUCAUGGAGUCGGCGUAUGCUCGCCGCUACCUGCUGCGCUACCUCGAGUCCGAGGGCCAAGAGAAUCUGCUGCUCUUCUGGAACGCCGUGAACGAGCUGAGGACGUGCCGCAAACAGUUGAUGCACGCGCUCGGCGCAGAGAUCUACCAGACGUACCUGGCCGGCAAGUACGGCGUUAUCCGGCUGGACAAGGUAUCGCUGAAACGCAUCGAGAGUUUCCUGAUCGGUGACCGCGGCCCGGAGAUCUUCCUGGAGCUGCAGGACGAGGUGCAGUCCCAGCUGGAGCACACGCACUACCACCGCUUCCUUGUCAGUCCGCUCUACAACAAGAUGAUGCUCGACGCGGAGGAGGCCGGCAUCGACUUCAUCAACGCCACGGUCGCGCUGCCGGAUGACCACCAGGAGGGGCUGGGCGCUGAGGUGGGUGACACCAACCUCUCGGACCACUCCUCCUUCGCCCGAUUGAAGCUGGACCAGCUGACGGAGAAGUUGCGCACCAAGUCCCAGAUUGGGCUGUGCCAGCAGGCGCUGGAGGCUAUGCGAUCGGGCACGCGGCCCGACCUCAAGAUGGUCUCGACCCUGGAGCAGGAGGUGGAGAAUCUGGCUGGAGAGCGCCGCGAGCUGGAGGCGCACAUCGAGCGUACCGACGUCUGGACCCAGCACCUGGGCCACUGGACGGCUGACGUACACUCGGCAGAGGUACUGGAGGAGAAGGACGUGCCCGUGUUCGUGCUGGUCGUGUACCUGGUGGCGGCGGCCGCGGAGGCGGGCGAGACGAGCUCCGGCGCGCCGGAGCCCGCCUCGCCAGACGACCCGGCCGCCGCCAAGAGGCCGCUCGACUCGCUACUCGACAACCAGCACGGCUGGGUGGUGAUCCGCCGCCUCACCGACCUUCUGCACGUGCACUCCAAACUCAGUCAGAUCUCGCCGGCGCUGAAGGCGGCAGAGCUGCCGCCGCUGCCCAGCAAGUCGCUGUUCAGCAAGGGCUGCGACCGCGACUUCCUGGAGCGCGCCAAGAUCAAAGUACAGAGCUAUCUGACGAUGGUGCUGGCUGACCAGCGUCUGAACAAGAGCGAGGUCAUCUACACAUUCCUUAGCCCCAGCCCGGAGCACCUGCUCUUCCCCGGCACGUCGCAGAAAAAAUUCACCUUCUUCUCUAUGUUCAAAGGCUCGGGUCCCGGUUCGGAUGAGGCCGGCGUCGAGAGUGACGAGGACGACAUCCUGUUCCUGGACGGGGCGGACACGCGGCCUGAGGUGCGCGACGACUUCGCCGAGCCGCUAUAUGGACUCAUCGCCGAGGUGUUCGACCUGUCGGGCAAGUGGCUGCGCAAGACGCUCAUGUCGUUCGUGCAGAUCACGUACGGACGCACCAUCAGCCGCCAGAUCCGCGACAUGCUGUCGUGGGGCUUUUCGGAGCCGCAGCUGCUCUUCUACCUCACCACACUGCGUGAAGCGUGCUGGCCGGGCGGCAAGCUGGCGCCGCCACGACCGGCCCGCUCCGAGCAGCAGAUGGCCAGCACCAGGCAGGAGACGCGAGAGCUGCUGGUGAACAACGUACCCGAGCUGCUGACAAACCUGCUGGGGCUGCACAACUCGCGUCUGGGUGGCGUCAAGGCGUUCGAGACGCUGCAGGACGUGCGGCUUAACAAGCACCUCUUCUACACCAUCCUGGAGUCCUUCAUCACCGAGCUGUUCCCCGAGGUCGGCAGCAAGAUGCAGGCGAUCGUGUGAGCUGGGGGACCGGUCGGAAACCGGUCACUGGUCGGAAGCGGCCCGGUCGCCUCGGGCCGCGGCCGGUGCGUGCCGCACCCAGGUCCGGACCUCGGAUGUCCGUGACUUCUCGUAGUCCCAAGGUCCCGGGUGGGCUUUAGUGGGUGCGUGACCCCUUAACGUCGACACCCCGGAUGUCGAUGUCGGGUCGUAGCCGAGUUUGCUGCCGCGCAGCGUGAUUGUGAGUGUGGUCUGUGGGGAUGGAAAAUGUGUGAUACGUUUGUCAUGUGGUCGGUACCUAUUGGCAUGCUUACCGGUGUAGCGACGAGCAUGUUGGGUUCCUCAGGUGUUUGGCUGGUAUGCGGGUAUGGUGUUUUGCUUUUGGCCCAGCGGGCGGUAAAAAGAUGUGUUGUCGAGAGUCGUCUUUUGCCGGGACCGUCUGGCCUGUACCGGGCUGUUAUUGUGUUUAACCGUCGGUUAUCAUGACAUCGGGUGUACCCACGCCGCCCAUGUUGCUCUGUGGGACAACGCCAACGCCAGGUCUUGUCUUUUAGUCGUCCAGAUAACUAACCAGACCGAUGUACUUAGGAUCUCAGGCCUCAGAUUCAAUGCCGACUCGCGGGACGCAGUCGCGCGACACAGCCGUAGUUGGUGUAAUGUACAUGUGCGGACCGGGCGCUGACUCCCCAGCACCGGUAAGGACUUGGGCUGUGAAUUGCACACUCCCCGCCGGCGCAGUUCGGCUGCCGCUGUGUGAAGAAUGAGCGCCGUUUAGCGGAGCGGCCCAUCGGGCCGUUUGGCUGGCGUGGUCGCGUCGGGCUGUGUGCGAAGAUGCUGUAACCAGCACCUGGAAGUCCGCCCGCACUGAAUACUCCUUCCGCAGCCGCGUCGUUUUGUUUGCUUCCGAUUCGCUUCCUGGUAGUGUGCUCCACACGCGUUAGCGUCGCGCCGUACAUGCGCGUGGCGACAUGUUGUAUCGUGCUGCCCGUGGUGCGGGGAGCGCCCGUGUACAGGGAUCAUCGUUAGCCGGGGAGCCGAGCCUCUGCUGGACUAGGCAGCCGCACAGGUACCACAUUCGGUCUGGAUCAACGUAUGUCGUUUCCAGAUGUCAGUGUUUGCUCCCGGCUGGUUUGGUUCGGGCAGCAUUCAGCUGAAUGCCGUACUAUCCCAACUUUGUUGGGAUGUGCUGGCCAUUGGUGAUGCUUUGAUCUAUUCCACUGGUUGAAGAGGCUCAUUUCGGGCCGACGCAACAGCGUUUACCCUCAGUUAUAUCGUCCAUAUAAUAUUUGUCUAUUUACAGUGCAUGUCAAACUCAAGUGAUAUUACCCUGCACGUUCAAACGAACUGUCUUUUAUGGAGCUUUAUGCCACCCAUUCGUGGCAACAGUUCGGUGUUUGUAGGUGUGUGCCGUGUUAAACGUUACAUCAUGGGAUGUCAAACCUAAUAAAAUCGCGCAAACCUG